CAUCAUUAUUAAAUCGCGGCAUGUGCCUAUUACGAGUUCAAAAACUAUAAAUACCCAAACUCGACUUCCAAUCCUUAUUUCACAAUCACACUCGAGUCUUGACUAAACCCUAGCAAGAGAUGAAGAAGACGCAUCGCAAACCCUUCCAAAUCUUCAUCCAAUCGCCGCACCUCCAACAACUCCGCCACGAAUCCGUCACCGCCGAUCAAACCCUCGCCGACCUGAAACGCUCUCUGUUUCCGGCAUCACACCACCUAUCCUCUUUUUACUUCACCCUCCAUGGGAAACCCCUUCCCGAAGAAACCCCUCUCUUAACCCUCCGAAUUGCCCCUCUCUCCACCCUCGUCCUCCAACCCCGCCUCCGCGGCGGGGUCGCAAACGACGCCGAGUCCCGCGACGGCUACCUGGACAUAUACACGGAGAAAACCCCCGACAGUGUGGACUUUAACAAGCAGAGGCUGUCGAAAUCGAUGAACUGCACACUCUCGAAGGUUCCCUUGAGGGAACCCUGCGUGAUCGACAAGCUUGGGAAUGUUUUCAACAAGGAAGCGCUAGAGGGGGCUUUGCUUGGGAAAAAUCUCCCUGAGAAGUUUUGGCACAUACAGGAUUUGAAGGACUUGAUCACGAUUUGGCUUUCUUCGAUUCCUGGGGAUGAAGAUGGGGCUAGGUUUCAGUGCCCUGUUUCCGGUCUUGAAUUCAAUGGAAUGAAUAGUUUUUUCGCUCUGAGGAAUUGUGGGCAUGUUCUGAGUGCAAAGGCUUUGAAGGAGGUUAAUUCGUCGAGUUGUUUGGUUUGCCACGAGGGUUUUGCGGAGUUUGAUAAGGUUUUGAUCAAUGGGAGUGAAGGUGAAGGUGAGGUUGUUGUUUUGAGGGAGAAGACCAGGAUGAAUCCCUCAUAUCAAUCCAUAGACGUGAAGAACACAGAUGCAAGCUCAUCCAGCUCAUCAUCUGAUAAAGAAGCUGAAAACAUAGAUGAGGCUGAGAGUGGGAGUACCAAAAGACGAAAAGUUGAAACUGAGGAAACUGAGGGAUCUACUUUGGAAGGAAUUAUGGGACCGGAAUUAGUUGCACAGGCCUCUGUGGGAAAUGGAUGUAUACAUCCUUACUCAUUUAGAGGUAUGUGUAUGGAUUGUGAGCAAGAUCUGGAUGAGAAAUAUGGCAUACCAUUUGAAUACAUACAUGAGGGACUGAGACUUCAUGAUGUGGAAAUUUCUAGAGUGCGGAAUGAAGAGACAAAGCAUUUUUUAUGUCAUAAAAAGCUAUACUUGGUUCUUGAUCUCGAUCAGACAUUGCUAAAUUCCGUUCGCUUUGAUCGUUUGAGCUCAAAAGAGUUGUAUUUACUUACCCAUACAGAUUCUCUAGGAGAUAGCCUCUUCAAAUCAGACACCGACAUGAUGACCAAGUUGAGGCCUUUUGUCCGCACAUUUCUCAAAGAAGCAAGUAAAUACUUUGAGAUGUACAUAUACACCAUGGGUAAUCGGAGCUAUGCACAGAAGAUGGCUAAGCUGCUUGAUCCUCAAGCAGAAUACUUCAAACGUAAGGUGAUUUCUCGAGACGAUAACACGCAAAAGCAUCAAAAGGGUCUUGAUGUUGUGCUGGGGCAAGAAAGUGCCGUCCUUAUUCUUGAUGACACAAAAAAAGUAUGGACGAAGCAUGAAGAUAAUCUGAUACUGAUUGAAAGAUACCAUUUUUUUGCUCGGAGUCGUCGGCAGUUUGGUUUGAAUUUCGAAUCACUUGCUGAAUUGAAGACUGAUGAAAAUGAAACUGAUGGAGCACUUAAAAGAAUUCUCGUUUUGCUCAAGCUAGUCCACUACAUAUUUUUUUACGUACUUAAAGAAGAUCUUAUUGAUCGAGAUGUAAGGAAGGUUUUAUCAUCACUUCGAACUUUCAAGUGAAGUCUUACGCGGGUGCAGGACGGAUCAACAGGGAGGAGCAAGCAACUGCUUUCACGAAUAACAUAACAUGUUCAUCAUCUAGACUCAAAUAGAGAGGUCAUCAACUCAUCAUCAUAUUUAUGGGAAUUAAGAUUGCUAAUUAUAGUAACAUGCAUCAUUGGGUAAAUAGCCAAGUUGGUCCUUGAAAGUGUCAGGCGCUGUCAAGUAAGUCCCUAAACUUUAAAAAUCCAUCCCGCGGUCCCUGAAUGUGGCAAACGUCAUUCAAAUUAAUCCCUGACGUUAAAAAAUGUAACGGGACGUUAACAAAAUCUUUGUUUUUUAAUUUUUAUUCCUAGUUGGACUACAUACGUGGAACUGAAGUGUUGGUAAAACAUUUGGACUCUAAUUGGUCCCUGAAUGUGGCAAAUUAGUCCCCAAUGUAAAAUUCACCAUUUUUAAACCCAGAAAAUUAAAAACUUCAUUCUCUUUCUCCUUCUCCUCAUUCAGUUUCAACCAAAAAAUUCUUCCCUCUAAACAAAAAAAAACCCAGAAAUUCUUCCCUCUCAACCCAGAAAUUUACCUUUUUUUUAUAGGCCAAGGAAUAUCAGCUGAUCCAAUCUACCUUUUCCAAUUGCAUAAUCAAAUACACAAACCGCACACACCGAUCCAAUCUAAAAGUCCUUUAUGUUCAAUUUCAUCAUGACCCAAUUCAGGCACAAAGAGAAUCUUCUUGUCCAUAAUAUACCACUUCCAUGGGUAGCCCAGAUACACAGAUCUGCAAUGGAACCAAACGAUUUCCAUCCAAGCCACAAACAACCGUAAAGCUUACAACUUUUCCUCAUUUCCUCAUCUCCAAGCCAAAUCAAUCUCACCGAUCUGAAGCUUUUCUCACCAAACACUGAAAACCCAACAUCCGUAGCCACACCCACUUUUCGUAACCGACACCCACUUUUCGUAACUGAACCAACCAACCUCCUUCCUAAUUCAAACCUCCGACCCAGACUACCGCCGUUUCAUCUCAGUUCGUCGUUUCAUCUCAGUUCGUUUCUCAUUUCCGCUUCAUCUUCUCUUCUCUCUGUCAUGUGUACGCAGAUUUGAAUAUGAGAUGCCUGCUCCUCCAUCCUCUUUGAUCUGAAUCUGCUUCUCUGCUUCUCACGGUAGAGUUUUGAAAGGUUUGAUUUUGUGGGAUGGGUUUGAUUUUCUCAGGAUUGGGUUUUGAUUUGAUGGGUUUGGUUGAAAGAAAGAUGAUGCAUUAUGUUAAUUUAAUGAGGGACUAAAUGGAGGUUAAUUUUUUUACCCUGCUUUCAUUUUACACGUGGACACUCCAACAUGGAAAAAAAAUUCAUCUCAGCGUUUACGUUAACGUCCGUCAAUGGUUUUAACCUCAGGGACUAAUUUGAAUGACAUUUGCCACAUUCAAGGAUCGCGUGAUGGAUUUUUAAAGUUUAGGGACCAACUUGAAGGCGGCUGAUUGGACUGAAAUUUCAGUUUGUGGCAGUUCUAUAUUUUUGGGCACAAACCCGGCCUAUGCUCAGCUCAACAUAAUGAUGCAUGGGUAAAUAGCCAAGUUGGUCCUUGAAUUGUGUUUUCAGUCUCUAUAAAACUAGGAUAGCAUGUAUUCGUGCACGGAGAAGCGAUUCUACAAUUUGUUAAACUUGACUAUGAAAAUGAGUUAAGCAAUUUACAUAUCAAUGGCUCAUGGUUUUGAACUCAA